AUGGCUUCCAGGCAACAUGACGACGACGGCGAGAGCGACGAAGACUCGGAGAAGGCAAAGAGCAAGGAGAAGAGCAAGGGCGAGGAUGACACGGGUGAGAGCGGCGAGGAGAAGGGCGUGGGCGAGGACAACGGCGAAGACAACCAGGGCGGGGCUUCAAAAUCCGAAGCCGGACGCAACCAUGGUGAAGCCAAGUACGUGUACCAUACGGCUACUGAAG